AUGCAAAAACUCUAUCCCAUUGUAUCCAAGUUUCAUCAUCCUGCAUCUCGUAGCAUCUGGACGGCCCAAGAGUACAUUCAACGAGAAGAGAAGUAUGGGGCUCAUAAUUAUCAUCCAUUACCUGUCGUAUUAAAUAAAGGUCGUGGUUGUAAAGUAUGGGACGUGGAUGGAAACGAAUAUUACGAUUUUUUAAGUGCCUACUCCGCUGUUAAUCAAGGUCAUUGUCAUCCCAAGCUUGUACAAGCUUUAACGGAUCAAGCACAGACACUAACACUCACAUCUCGUGCCUUUUACAAUAAUGUCUUGGGAGAGUAUCAAGAAUAUAUGACUAAUGUGUUUCAGUAUGAUCGUAUUUUACCAAUGAAUACUGGUGUGGAAGGGGGUGAAACGGCCGUGAAACUCGCACGACGAUGGGCCUAUGAUGUUAAAGGUGUUCGAGAGAAUCAAGCCAAGGUCAUUUUUGCAAAAAAUAACUUUUGGGGACGGACAUUAAGUGCUAUAUCAUCAUCAAAUGAUAAGGACGCCUAUGGUGGCUAUGGACCCUUUAUGCCGGGUUUUAGUAGCAUUCCGUACAAUGAUAUUGAUGCAUUGGAACACGUGCUGAAAAAAGACGGACAAACUAUUGCUGCUUUUAUGGUAGAACCUAUUCAAGGAGAAGCUGGUGUUGUCGUGCCUCAUGAUGGGUAUCUCAAACGUGUGCGUGAACUUUGCACCAAGUACAAUGUACUUUGGAUUGCUGAUGAAGUUCAAACCGGUUUAGCACGCACUGGAAAGAUGCUAGCGGUGGAUUAUGAAGACGUGAAGCCAGAUAUUGUUAUUCUAGGUAAAGCACUUUCGGGUGGGAUGUACCCGGUCUCAGCUGUGCUGACAAGUGAUGAGAUCAUGCUCACGAUUAAACCUGGUCAGCACGGCUCCACGUAUGGUGGUAACCCACUUGGCUGUAAAGUUGCCAUGGCGGCCAUGGAAGUCAUUCAAGAAGAGAAACUUGCGGAGAAUGCGUUCAAGCUCGGCAACAAGUUUCGAAGUGAGAUGGAAAACUUCAAGUCAAGUGUAGUUCAAGGUGUGCGCGGCCGUGGUUUGCUGAAUGCGAUCAUCAUUAACGAGCGGCCUCACCAGCCGAACGCCUUGCAACUCUGCAUGAACAUGAUAAAGAAGGGUCUGUUGGCCAAGCCCACUCACGGCAACAUUAUCCGCCUUGCACCCCCGCUUGUCAUGAAUGAAAAGCAACUUGAUGAGUGCACGUCGAUCAUCAAGGAGGUUUUAACUGAAGCAGAGCCGUAA